AUUUGAAUCUGAAAUCUGAAAAAAAUCAAAUAAUCAAAUAACGAUGGAGAAGAAGAAAGAACGAAUUGAUGAUUCAGUUCUCUUCCACUGUGCUGAUCUCAUCCUUCCAUGGCUAGAACCAUCUGACCUAGCCGCCAUCUCACUCACCUGCAAAAGCCUAAACCUCAUCUCCCAUUCUAUCUCCGCCUCAAGAUCCUCCGAUGCCGCCAGAUCCUUUGAAACUCAUCCGAUUCCUUUCAUCAACACCGUCGAUAAUCAUCCCUACGCUUACUUUAUCUACACGACGACUCAAGUCAUAUCAAUCGACUCGCAUCAAGCUCGUCAGUCGUGGGGAGGUCACCGACCAAGUCUAGAGCAAGCUAAUUCCAGUUUGUGUUCAGACGCACCAGGAUGCGAUUGCGAUUCGUGCGAUGAACGAAUGGACUGUCCCUGUAGAGAAUCAAUUUCGCCUGAUUUGAUUCGCGAAUGCGGGCCGAGCUGUGGUUGUAAUCGCAAUGAAUGUGGAAAUCGAUUGACUCAGACUGGAGUUUCUGUCCUGCUAAAGAUUGUUAAGCAAAUUAGGAAGGGAUGGAGUCUGCAUUCUCGACAGUUCAUUCAUAAAGGCCAAUUCGUAUGCGAAUAUGCAGGUGAGCUUUUGACUACGAAAGAGGCGAGAAGAAGGCAAGAAAACUACGAUGAACUGGCAUCAAAAAGCCAGUUUUCUGCAGCUCUUUUGGUGAUUAGAGAACAUCUUCCUUCUGGGAAAGCUUGUAUGAGGAUAAACAUAGACGCGACAAGGAUUGGAAACGUGGGGCGUUUCAUAAACCAUUCUUGCGAUGGUGGGAACUUAUCGACUGUAAUUGUGAGAUGUUCGGGUGCAUUAUUACCUCGCCUCUGUUUCUUCGCUUCGAGGGAUAUUCAAGAAGAUGAAGAACUCAGUUUCAGCUAUGGUGAAACCAGGAUUAGGUCUAAUGGAUUGAGUUGCUUUUGUGGAAGUUCUUGCUGUUCGGGAACACUACCUUCAGAGAAUACUUAAUUGGUAUCAUAUUUUGUCUAGGCAUAGCAAAACAAGUAAGCUACAAUUUCCAUUAUAAUGUCUUCAAUUCUUUAGAAACUAAGCAAACCAAGUUUUCUGACCA